AUGGCGGAAGAGAAGCAGUUCACCACCUCGCCCGAGGUCAGCAUCGCGGCCUCCGAACACCCUCCUGCACCACAAGAAAAGCCCAACAUCAAAGUCAAAUGGUACCGAUCGACCUUCUACAACGCCCUCAUCCUGGGGAUUUGCAAUUUCUGCGCGCCAGGAAUCUGGGGAGCGAUGAACAGCCUGGGAGGAGGUGGACAGCAAGACCCAUGGCUCGUUAACGCAGCCAACGCCAUGACCUUCUGCUUGAUGGUCGUAACCUGCGCUUUAUCCGGGAUCUUUGUGAAAUAUCUCGGAAUCAGAUGGACGCUCGUUCUCGGCGCGGCGGGAUACUGUCUCUACGCAGCAGGCCUGUACUGCAACAACCGCUACGGCUCCUCCUGGUUCGUCCUCUUCGGCGCCGCAUGCUGCGGUCUCGGCGCAGGGCUCUUCUGGAUGGCCGAAGCAGCCAUUGCCCUCUCCUACCCGGAACCCAAGAACCAAGGCCGCUUCCUGGGCUUCUGGCUCUCCUUCCGCGUCCUAGGCCAAAUCCUCGGCGGCGCCGUCAAUCUCGGCCUGAACAUCAACCGCAACGAAGCCGGCUCCGUCUCCUACUCCGUCUUCCAAGUCUUCAUUGCGCUCCAAGCCGCCGCGCCCUUCGCGGGUCUCCUCCUCACCGCCCCCGCCAAAGUCCAACGCACUGACGGCGUCACGGUGAAAUGCGGCAUCCCCCGCGACGAGUCCUCCCUGAAAGAACUCGCCAACACGGGCAAACUCUUCCUCUCCAAAUCCUUCCUCCUCAUCGUGCCCCUCAUCGCCCAAUCCGUCUUCUCCGAAGCCGUCUACUUCACUUUCCAAGGCCUCUGGUUCUCCGUGCGCGCCCGCGCGCUGGGCUCCUUCCUCUCGGGCAUCGUGGCCAUUAUCGGCGGCAAUAUCCUGGGCGUCUUUCUCGAUAACGAGAAACUCGCCGCGCGGCUGCGUAGUCGUUGGUCGUUCUGGAUCAUCAUCACCCUGCAAGGCGCCUGGUGGAUCUGGGGCACCAUCAUCGUGACCGAGUACCGCCGCACGAAACCCACCUACGACUGGGUCGACGCGGGUUUCGGACGAGGCUUCGCGUGGUUCCUGUUCAUGGUCAUGUCUUUCCAGCUCAAUUACAUGUACCUCUACUUCGUCGUCGGCAGCCUCGCGAAGAACGAAGCGGAGAUCAUCCGGUACGCUGGCUUGCUGCGCGGGACGGAGAGUGCGUCCCAGGCGGUCUCGUAUGGUCUGACGAGUGUCUCGGUUAUGGGUCAGGUGGGCGCGGUGUAUUUGAAUUUUGGGCUUUGGGCGCUUUCGAUCGUUCCGGCGUGGUUUGUUGUGAGGGAGAUUGGGGUUACGAGGGGGAAGAUUAUUGAUCAGAAGCCGGAGUCUGUGGAGGAGGAGGUUGUGAGGGAGGUAGAGUAA